AUGAUGCUACUUUUGGUUUACAUCAUCCUGUGGAUCCCAAAUUCCAAUGGAGCAGUAACACACACCUAUGAUUUAUCAACAUAUAUGCCAUCAAAAUUUGUUUCCAUGUUCAGUGUGAGUUGGUAUGGUAUAGGACCGACCGAUCCUCAAGGUCCGGGACCCGAUUCAUACACGAAUCAUUGGUCUGUUGGUGCACAAGGUACAUGUAUUCCAAAUGCAAAUCCCUCAAACUGUUCAACUGAGUAUAGUACUCAACCACAACGACAGAUAUCAUCGCGAUAUCGUCCACUAGCUGGUAUUUAUUCAUCAAGUGGAAAAAAUUUAGAAUCACAACGACGUAUUGAUCUUAUGUUAUCGACACUACGUAAUCAAUCAUCGAGCUCACCCAGUUGUGAUUAUGGUCAUGCUCGUCUCGAUGCUUGGUCUAUACAACUAGAAUCAAUACAACUAUCAUCAAAAUAUUUAUCAAAUCCAUCAUUGAAUGUUGAAAUACCGUAUCAAGCUUAUAUUCAUUUUCUUCAACGUUCAAAAACAAAUUCAAUUAUACCUGGUUAUGAUUCAACAUGGCUAUAUUCUUUUUCAUCAAAUUUAGGUCUGGGUAAAUGUGACAAUUCAAAUCAAACUAAUUCACGUGAUCGUUGUCUAAAUACAACAAUUAAGGACUUUGUUGAUAUAGUCAAAAUGACUAAUAUGUCAACAUCCUACUUAAUUAAUCAAAAACCGGUUAUAUUUAUUUAUACAUCGUUAGGCGGAAAUUUAUUAAAUGCAUCAGAAUGGUCAUCUAUAUGGACAUCGGUACGAAAUCAAGUAAAUCUUGAUUUUUAUGCAAUAGCAACAACAUCGUCAUUAAUUAAUCAAUUUGAUGCAAUAGCACCAUGGGUCGAUUAUGUUGCCUGGACAAUGACAUCAUCAAAUUUACCUACUUAUAAUCGAACUUUAAAAUGGUUAUCACUUGUUUAUGGACCAUUAUUACAAUCUGUUCUUCCCACUGGUCGUGUUAUUAUCGGUGGUUUAAGUUCUGGUUUUGAUGAUUAUACAGAAAGUUGGGGUGCAUGUCAAAAUCGUACAAUUCCAAGAGAAACUCAACUGUUACAAGCACAAUUUGAUUAUUUCAGGAUAAAUCAAAUCACACGUUUAUUUAUUUAUACAUGGGAUGAUUUCACGGAAGGAUCAAUUGUUGAACCCGAUGUACGAAAUGGUACAUGGGCUUUAUUGAAUAUACGACAAAUGAUUGGUACAUUUUAUAAUGAAACACAAAACGUGACGGCUGAUCAAAUGUUAAUUGACCGUUGGACAAACUAUCCACAGCUGAGGAAUUGUACGACGAUACAGGUGACAUCCAUACCCAGCAUUGAUCUAUCCUGUUAA